GCAUUGAUCUAUUUCAAUAGUUUUGAUUUAUCAGCUGCAAAAAAGGAGAUGUCAGAUGUCAUGCGGAAAUUUGUGCAGGAACCCAAGUGCAAGAGAGAGAUGAUCUUACAUCAUUUUGGCCACAAAAUGCCCAAACGAGACUUACCAGAUCACACCUGUUGUGACUUCCACUGGAGAUAUUGUGAGUGUGAUGACUGUGUGGUUAAUAGUGCACAAAAUAAUGAAGACACCCCUAUGAAAAGCAAAUAUGAAAGGAAUGUUAAUGACAAACAUUUAUCUAUAUGUACAUGUAGUAAAACAUCAUUGACUGACAUUGAAAAAGUAGCAUUACAUGAUGCCUUGGUAAAUUAUCGAUUAAGUCUACAUGGAUCUGGGCCUUCUUGUGUUGGUGGAGUGAGCUUGGCCACUGGUUUCAGUGUUGAUCUUAUUGACAUGAUUGUACAAAAUGCCAAAGAACUCACAUCUAUUGAAGAGAUAAAAGAAAAAUUACCAAUAUUUGAUGAUGAACAUGCCAAGAACAUUUUUGCUAUUCUUUCUGAACUUAACAGAGGUUUGGAACACCUAAUGAGACACUACAAACGAGUUGUUUACACAACAUCUCAAACUAAUAUGUAUUUUGAAAGAAAACUGAGGUGAAAGUUGGCUUAAUUUAUGUAAGUUCUUCCUAGCUAGGGUAUUCAAACAACAAUUUUCUUUGUGUUUUUCUCAUGAAUUACUAUAAGUUUUAGAUAUAUAAUUAUAUAUAUCAAAUAUUGCACACAUGCUGAAUAA